CGGGGAGAGACCCUCUACAUCAGGAGAACCUGAGCAACACCAGAUGAAAUGCAGAAYGAGGCAGAAAAAGACCCACCCAUGCCCAGAUUGUGGGAAACACUGCCAGACAUUAUCGGCACUACAAAUACACAUGAGAACCCACACAGGAGAGAAGCCUUACGCUUGCUUUGUGUGUGAGAAAACGUUCAUUAUUAGACAAGCUUUGAAAACACACCAGCGAACACACACAGGAGAGAAGCCUUAUACCUGCUCUGAGUGUGGGAAGGGUUUCGCUCAUCAAUGUAGUUUGAGAUACCACCAAAAGAGGAAUUCUGAACAGGUUAAAACAGACCCGAAUGAGAAGAUGACCUGCUGCUGUGGACAAGAGUUCUCCUCAAAGUGCGUUCUGGAGGUUCACUUGAAGACGGACACUGGAGCCAAGCCUUACACCUGCUGUGUGUGUGGCAAGAGGUUCAAUAAAGAAUCRUUAAAAGAACACCAGAGAUCCCACACAGGAGAGAUGCCUUACUCUUGCUCUUUCUGUGGCAAGGGUUACUAUCACAAACCGGCUUGGAAAGCCCACGAGCGAACACACACCGAGGAGAAGCCCCUGUGCUCUGUGUGCGGACGGACCUGCUCUAGUAAAUAUACGUUAAAAGUCCACGAGCGAACACACACAGGAGAGAUGCCUUACCUCUGCUCUGAGUGUGGCAAGGGCUUCAUCAGUAAAGGACUCCUGAUGACCCACGAGCGAUUCAACUGUUCUGGGGGAGAGGAACGACAGCGAGCAAAGAGAUUUCACAAGUGUCCGGACUGUGGGAAGGAGUUCACACAAGCAAACAAACUGGAGAGACACAUGAGAACACACACAGGAGAGAGGCCUUACCAGUGCUCUGUGUGUGGGAUGAGSUUCAACCAGAAAGGRAAUCUCAAAACGCAUUUUAAAGUGCACACAGGCAGGGAUCCCAGUUUUCUGCCUGACAUGGACAUGAGGACGACUCUUCAGAAGCAGCGAAACAACCUCGGACAACAGACAUGAUGUUGGGAAACCACAACGCUGCCUGAAUCAGAUUGGCAAGGAGGGAACCCACAAUCUACCGGCACCACAAAACCCAACACCCACCGGCACCACAAACCCACAACCAUCCGGCAGCGCAGAGGGAGGGAAGCCACCACCUCCCGUCAGCACAGAGGGAGGAAACAUCCCUCCACCUCCCGGCACCACAGAAACCCACCAUGUCCCCCAGGGGAGAAAAAACACUAUCUCUGCCCUGAAUGUGGCAAGACCUACACCCGGGAAUACGACCUCCGAGUCCACCUCAGAACGCACACAGGAGAGAGACCGUACCAGUGCUAUGACUGCGGGAAGGCCUACGUCCGGAAAAACAAUCUCCAACAACACCGGCGGUCACAUGCUCCCAAGCCCAUGGGACCGACCCGCCAUUUAGGCAGACCACCCAGGGUGGGCUCUAGUAGUGGAAGGUCUAACCAAUCACCCAGGGUAGGAAGAGCUAAGCAAAAAAUACAUACAUCAAUGAAAUAUGAGAGACUCAUGCCCUUACCGCAGAUGGAGAGAGGACACUGGCAGUACUGGCACCUUUAAACAUGGGGCUGGGUCCAUAUCUUCAUCCCAAAUGGCACGCUAUUCCCUAUAUAGUGCACUACUUUUGACCAGGCCCAUAUGGGAACCUUAAGGGCUCUGCUGAAAUGUAGUGCACUAUAUAGGGAUAGGAUGCUAUUUUGGACACCACAAUGCCUCUUAUGACUACAGAAUCGUUCUUCUUUUGGUGUGUGCUCAUGUCUGUAUGCACUCACGUAUUUGUGUGUGUGUUGUUGGUCAGUACAAUACAGCCACUGUGUUGUGUAAGAUAAUCAUACUAUGUAUCCUGUGCAUUUUAUUUCAUAUAUCUUAUUUUACUUAUUGAAGCUAUCAUGAUACUAAGAAAUUACUUGCAUUUCAAUAACGCCAUGGUCCAAUGAAUGAACAUUUGGGGGAAAAACGUCUCUCCUUUAUUACCCUUAUCCAGGACACGACACACCGACGUCACAGAUGCGCGACUCUUUCGGCGGCAGUAAGAAAGCAUUCAACAUAGCUAGAUUGACGUUCUUAUUACUUCUAAACAAAAUACACUUUUUGGGGUUCUUAUAGUUACAAUGAUGUUUUCAUUCUUUCGUGAACAGUCGCUAAGAUUAUAUUUGGUUGUGAUCUUUGCAAAAUAACUAUUUGGAUGUAGCAGUUGUUAGCUGGAAUGCUAACGCUCAUUGAUUAUGGCCUGUCGCAAAAGCUAGCCAAAAAACAUUUUACUGGUUGAAGUUUACGUGUUUAAGU